AUGGUGAGGACGUUCGACAACUACAACACAGCCUGGGUGAAAACUCCCGUCUUCAAGCUGGAUCCCGAACUCAUCGAAAAGGAGAUCAAGCAGAUGAACUCCAAGUCCAUCAAACUGACCAACCGAUUCAACGCCACCAGCCACACCAAGGCCAACGACAAGCGCAAGAACCCGACAGUGGAAGGACCACUCAAGAUGCUGGACUGGCUCACCAACCAAAUCAAAGAUUACUCCAAAUUCACACCACUCAUCCGCGUCUUCAGCAACCCAGGAAUGAAGGAAAGGCAUUGGUCCCAGGUCAGCGAGUAUACCCACUUCCCAGUCAAUCCUGACCAGAAUCUUUACAUUAGAAAAUUAGUGGAAAUCGAUGAGAUUUUCGAUAAGAUUCCUUAGCUGGAGGUGAUAUCUGAAAACGCUGAGAAGGAGUUCGGUAUUGAGAAGAUCAUCAGGAAGAUGGAGGACGAUUGGGCGCCAGUUGAAGUGUAGCUGAAGAAGUGGAGAGACACUGGAACUUUCAUCGUGGCUGGUGCUUCCAUCGACUAAAUGCAGCAGAUCCUGGACGACCAGAUAGUCAAGACGCAAACCAUGAAGGGCAGUCCCUACGCUAAGAUCUUCGAAGCAAAGAUAAAGGAUUGGUAGGAGUGGCUGCUCUACACUCUCAACUUUUCGGAAUACUGGGUGAAGGUACAGUCAGUGUGGCUCUAUCUCGAGCCCAUCUUCUCCUCUCAUAUCAAGAAGCAUCUUCCCAUCGAAGCCACUGAUUUCGGCAAUGUGGAUACUGACUGGAAGUCAAUGAUGGCGAAAAUCGUGGAGGAUACUAAGGUCAUCAACUUCACCAAGGACAGAUCUUUCCUGUAGACUUUGAAGGAAUGCCAGAACACACUGGAUCGAGUGCAGAGGGGAUUGAACGAUUACCUAUAGGGCAAGCGAGCAGCCUUCCCACGUUUCUACUUCCUCUCCAACGACUAACUGCUUGAGAUCUUAUCCGAGACCAGACCAACUCGCGUGCAACCGCAUCUCAAGAAGUGCUUCGAGGGCACAAAAUUGAAAUUCGAUGAGAGCAAAAAAGUAUACGGAAUGUACUCCUCCGAAGGCGAAUACGUCAAGUUUUUGUCUAUCGUCGAUACCAACGCAGCCAACGGAAACGUGGACCAGUGGCUGCUGAUGACCGAAAGCGCAAUGAUAUAGUCAGUGAGAGAGGUCACCACUCGCGCCUUUGAAGACUACAGCAACAUAAAAAGAACCUAGUGGGUGCGAGGCCGAUGCGGCAUGGCAGUGCUCUGUAUCUCCAUGACCUUCUGGACAUACAACUCAGAAAUCGCCAUCUAGGGCGGCGCAGAAACCCUAUAGAAGUUCUACAGUCGGCUCAACUUCGAGCUUUCAUAGAUCGUAGAGAUCACCCGAUCCGACAUCAGCCCGCUAGACAGGUCAACCAUCUAGGCCUUGAUCGUGCUGGACGUCCACAACAGGGACAUGAUAAACCAGCUAAUGGACAACGUUUACAAGAUCACCGAUUUCGCUUGGCAAUCGCAGCUGAGAUACUAUUGGGAGAACAGCAAUACCUGGGUGAGAAUGAUCAACGCCACCCUCCACUUCAACUAUGAGUAUCUGGGCAACUCUUCCAGACUGGUCAUCACGCCACUGACCGAUCGAUGCUACCGUACUCUUUGCGGCGCGCUCAAUCUCAACUACGGAGGCGCUCCCGAAGGCCCAGCAGGAACAGGAAAGACAGAGACAGUCAAGGAUUUGGCUAAAGCUCUCGCCAGACAGUGCGUUGUGUUCAACUGCUCUGACGGUUUGGACUACAAGGCAAUGGGUAAGUUCUUCAAGGGAUUGGCCUCCUCAGGCGCCUGGUCAUGCUUCGACGAGUUCAACCGUAUCGAUCUGGUGCUUUCCGUGGUUGCACAGCAAAUCCUCACCAUCACCAUCGCCAGAAAGGAAGGCAAGAAGAUCUUCUUCUUCGAGGAUGCUGAAAUCCCCCUCAAGCAAACCUGCAACGUCUUCAUCACCAUGAACCCCGGAUACGCCGGCAGAUCCUAACUGCCAGACAACUUGAAGGCCCUCUUUAGAGCAGUCGCUAUGAUGGUGCCAGACUACACCAUGAUUGCCUAAAUUUCUCUCUAUUCUUUCGGUUUCAACGAUGCGCGUAACUUGGCCCGCAAGAUCACCACCACUUACACCCUCUGCUCUGAGCAACUUUCCUCGCAGGACCACUACGAUUACGGUAUGCGUGCUGUGAAAUCGGUCAUCACUGCUGCUGGUAACCUCAAGCGUAAAUUCCCCAACGAAAACGAGUCCAUCCUCAUGUUGAGAGCCAUCAACGACGUCAACUUGGCUAAGUUCUUGGCCUUUGAUCUGCCCCUCUUCAAGGGCAUCACUUCCGACCUCUUCCCCGGCGUCGUCAUCCCCGAAAUCGACUACAAGAACAUGUACGAGUGCAUCGAUAUCAAACUCAAGGAAAUGAAUCUGCAAAAAACAGAGUAUUUCGUCACCAAGAUCAUACAGCUCUAUGAGAUGAUCCUUGUGAGACACGGUUUGAUGGUCGUAGGACUUCCCUUCUCCGGAAAAACAAGCAGCAUCAAAGUGCUAGCCGGUGCCUUAACGCUCCUCAAGUAAAGAAACCAGAUGGGUGAAAACAAGACAGAAAUUCUUAUCAUCAAUCCCAAAUCCAUCUCCAUGAAGCAACUCUACGGUUUCAACGACGAAAUCUCACAUGAGUGGACUGACGGUGUGCUGGCAGUCAAGUUUAGGCAAUUCGCCAAGGCCGAAGACCCGAACCGCAAGUGGCUCAUCUUCGACGGACCAGUCGACGCAGUGUGGAUCGAAAACAUGAACACAGUGCUGGACGACAACAAGAAGCUUUGCCUCAACUCAGGAGAGAUCAUCGCCAUGAGCAAGCCGAUGAACCUCAUCUUCGAGCCGAUGGACCUCCAGGCCGCCUCUCCCGCCACCGUCUCGCGUAACGGCAUGGUCUACAUGGAGCCGAAAUCAAUGGGAUGGCGCAUCCUCCUCGACAGCUGGGCUGCUAAACUUCCAGACCACUUCACUCCCGAGGACAAGGCCCACAUCCCCAGCCUGAUUGACUGGGUCGGCGACCAUUUGCUCGAGUACAUUCGCGGACACAUCGAGGAAUCCUCUCCCACGCAGGACCAAAACUUACUCCAGGGACUCUUCAGGCUCUUCCGAUCGCUCUUGAAAGAAUUCGACUCGCAAGAAUUCUACCAAACCUUCAACGAUACAAAGGUGAGGACGAGCAUCAUCGAGGGCAAGUUCAUCUUCUCUUUGGUCUGGUCCUUCGGUGGAAGCGCAGACACUGCCAGUCGCAAGAAAAUCGAACAUUAAAUCAAGAAGAUCUUGUCAGGGGAUGUCAAAGUGGACAAAUACGAGAAACGCAAGCUAGCUUUCCCAGAACGCAAUUCACUCUUUGAUUAUAACUACGCUCCCAAGAAGAACGUGGCUCCUGGGUCAGCCUACGAAUGGGUUUUGUGGACAGAUUACAUCGAUCUUAAUGAGAAGAUCCACAAGAGCGUGCUUCCUCAGGAAAUCUUGGAGACCAACGAUUCAGUCAGGUAUGCCAACAUCCUCAAGAUAUCCAUCGAGAACCACAUCCCCCUUGUCUUCUGCGGACCGACAGGAACAGGAAAAUCCAUCUACAUCAAGAAUUUCAUAUUGAAUGAACUUCCAGCUGAUAAGUAUAUGUCCAUUGAGCUUGGCUUCUCCGCACAGACAUCAUCAAUGCAAACUCAGGAUAUCAUCGAUGGCAAAUUGGACAAGAUCCGUAAAGGUGAGUAUGGUCCUAAGCCUCAAGGAAACUGCAUCUUAUUCGUUGACGAUUUGAACAUGCCAACAAAAGAAAAGUACGGUGCACAGCCUCCCAUUGAGUUGCUCAGACAGUUCCUCGACCAGGGUGGAUGGUACGAGCACAAAGAUAAGGAAAAGCCUUUCAAAAAGAUCAUCAAUACAAUUUUGGUCACUGCUAUGGGUCCACCCGGUGGUGGUCGCUCCUUCGUCACUCCUCGUAUCCUGCGCCAUCUUUCCCUCACCUCUUUCACUUCCUUCGAGGAUGAAACUCUCAACAGGAUCUUCUCGACCAUUCUCAAGUGGUUCUUCGGCACUUUCAACUUCAACGCUGACGUCCUCAAGACAUAACCCAAGAUCUUCAAUGCCACUCUCGAGAUCUACAAGAGCGCAAUUGAACAGUUCUUGCCCACCCCAGCAAAGUCACAUUAUCUGUUCAAUUUGAGAGACUUCGCAAGGGUCAUCUUCGGUAUCUGCAUGUCAGACAAGUAAAAGCUGCAAUCACAGGACCAAGCCUGCAGGAUUUGGAUGCAUGAAGUACUCCGUGUCUUUUCCGAUCGUCUCAUCAACGAAGAAGAUAGGCUUAAUUUAUUCAACAUCGCUAAAAAUUCAGUCAAUCGCAUUUGGCAGCUCAAUUUCGAUAAGACUUUUGAGCAUCUGGACAAGACAAUCAACGGCAAGAAGGAUGGAAAGAUCGAUACGCUCGAAGAGAUUAGAGGAUUGCUUUGGACUGAUUGCAUGUCGCCACUAGGAGCCAGAAAAGUCUAUGAGGAAGUCAUCGAUCCAACUCGUCUCCAAAAAGCAGUCGAAUAAUCCUUGGUAAACUACAACAACACAACUGACAAGCCUAUGGACCUCGUGCUUUUCUCUUUCGCCGUGGAGCACCUCCUAAUCAUCAGUCGCAUCAUCAAACAGCCAACAGGAAGCUUGUUGGUCGGUGUGGGUGGCUCAGGCAGGCAAAGUUUGACCAGAUUGGCCACGCAGAUCAGCGAAUACGAGAUCUUCCAGAUCGAAAACCAAACCUAUGGCAAGCUGGAGUGGAAAGAGGACUUGAAGAAGAUAUUGAAGCAAACUGGUGGCAAGAAUGAACCCACUGUCUUCCUCUUCACUGAUAGCGAAAUCAAGGAUGAAUCCUUUGUCGAAGAUAUCAACAAUUUGCUCAACACUUAUGAAGUUCCCAACUUGUUCAGCACCGAAGAAAAGGCAUAACUAAUGGAGUUGGUUAGACCAGUCGCCAAGAAUGAGAACAAGCUGAAGGAGGGCACUCCUGCCCAACUCUACAGUUUCUUUGUAUAGAAAUGCAAGAAAAAUCUUCAUAUCGUGCUGGCAUUCAGUCCGAUUGGUGAUGCUUUCAGAACAAGAGUGCGUAUGUUCCCUUCAAUCGUCAACUGUUGCACGAUCGAUUGGUUCCAGGAGUGGCCUCAAGACGCUCUGCUUUGGCUGGCUCGUAAAUUCUUAAACACAAUUGAAAUGCCUUAGUUGAUUCGCGAGAAGUGCGUGGAGAUGGUGCAAUAUUAUCAUUCCAGUACUUCGAAAUGGGCAAAGACUUUCCUUCAAAAGCUAAAACGCAACUACUAUGUGACCCCUACUUCCUAUAUCGAGCUAAUUACCACUUUCAAGAAAUUGCUCGACGAAAAAAGAAAGGAAGUCCAGGCUGAUAUCUUCAAGUACGAGAACGGAUACGAGAAGAUCAUCGAUACUGAAAAAUCAGUGGAGGGAAUGCAGAAAAAUCUGAUAGAAUUGCAACCAAAACUAAAACAGGCUGCCAUUGAUACAGAAGUGAAGAUGAAGGAAGUGCAGGAGAACAAGGCUGCAGCAGACGUGCUGAAAGAGGGUAUCCAAGGCGAGGAGAAAAUCGUCAAGGAGGCUGUUGAUGCUGCAAACAAGAUCAAGACUGAAUGCGAGUUGGACCUUGCUGAAGCCAUGCCCAUGCUCAAGGCUGCAGAAGACGCCCUGAAGGUGCUCGAUAAGAAGCAAAUCGACUUGCUGAAGGCCAUGAAGAAGCCUCCCAACGUCAUCAGAGUGGUCAUGAAGGCUCUCUGUCUCAUCAUGUAUCCAAAUCCCACCGAAAAGGUCAAAAACGCAUAGACGCUGAAAAUGUAAGUCGACUGGUGGGCCGCCUCUAUGAAGUUGCUCGGUAACCCUAAGCUUUUGGACGAGCUGCUUGAGUUCAAGAUCGAGAAUUGCGAUGAGCAGAUCAUCAACAACUUGGGCAAGUACUUGAACGACCCUGAAAACGUGCCAAAUCUCAAGAUCGAAGUUGUGGAGAAUGCCUCAACGGCUUGCAAGUGCAUGAUCAUGUGGAUCACCGGCAGCUACAACUUUUACCACGUCAACAAGAAGGUCAAGCCCAAAAAGGCUGCACUCGCUGCCUCCGAAGCCGAAGUGAAGCAACUCUCAGCCAAACUGGCAGAGAAACAGAAGAGUCUCAAGGCAGCCGUUGACAAAGUCGACGCUUUGAAUAACGAACUGCAGGCCACGAUUAGAUAUAAGGAAAGACUGGAACGCGAGUAUGAAGAAUGCUCCAAACAGCUGGAACGUGCAGUGAAGCUGAUUGAGAGCUUGGGAGGCGAGAAAGGACGUUGGGGCGAGCUGGCCAUACUCAAAGUGGCCUACCAAAACCUAACAGGAGAUAUCCUCAUCUCCUCAGGAGAAAUCGCAUACCUGGGCGCCUUCACUGCCGCCUUCCGUUCCUAGAUCGUGGAGGAGUGGAUCAACGAGACGAAGUCCAAGGAAAUCCCCAGCUCUGAGAACUUCUCACUCGUGAAUAUCCUAGGCAACCCUGUGCAGAUGCGACAGUGGAACAUCGACGGCCUGCCCUCCGACAACUUCUCCCUCUAGAACGGUAUCAUCAUCUUCAAGUCCCGCAGGUGGCCUCUCUGCAUCGAUCAGGGCCAGGCGAACAAGUGGAUCAAGAAGAUGGAGGCCGGAAGACGCAUCAACGUCAUCAAAUUGUCAGAUCCCAACUUCCUCAGGACCUUGGAAAACGCCAUCCAGUUCGGCCAGCCAGUGCUGCUGGAGAACGUAGGAGAGGAAUUGGAUCCAGCGUUGAAUCCCAUCCUCCUCAAGCAGACCUACCAAAAAGGAACAAGCGUAUACAUGAAGCUGGGAGACCAGAUCAUCGAAUACUCCAGUAAGUUCAGUUUCUACAUCACCACCAAAUACAGGAACCCGCAUUACUUGCCCGAAAUCUCCACCAAAGUGACGAUCAUCAACUUCAUGAUCACCUACGAGGGACUCAAUGACCAGCUCCUGGGCAUCAUCGUCAAGAAGGAAAGGCCUGACUUGGAGGAAGAGAAGGAAAGAUUGAUCUUGGAAGGCGCUGCCAACCAGAAGGAGCUGUUUGAGAUCGAACAGCAGAUCCUUAAGGUGCUAUCGAGUGAUAAGAACAUCCUGCAGGACGAGGAAGCCAUCAACAUCCUCACUGCCUCCAAGGAGAAAUCAACGGAAAUCAUAGAACAGGAAAUCGCAACAAUAACCGAGAAGAACAUCGACGCUGCUCGUCAGGAGUACAAGCCAGUGAGUCAGUAGGCCGCCUGCCUCUUCUUCGCCAUUUCCGAUCUGGGCAACAUCGAUCCUAUGUAUCAAUACUCACUGACCUACUACAUAGAUCUCUUCACCCAAUCCAUCGCAAAAUCCGACAAAUCUCCCAACCUCACCCUCCGUCUGAAGAACCUCAAGAACUACUUCCUCUACUCUCUCUACUCCAACAUCUGCAGGUCCCUCUUCGAAAAGGACAAGCUGCUCCUCUCCUUCCUCCUCUGCACCCGCCUCGCAGAGUUCAAGCACUAGAUCACCAACGAUUGCCUCAGGUUUUUGCUCACCGGUGGUGUCGCCCUGAACGAUUACCUUCCCGAUAAGCCCAAGAACUCAGAGUGGAUUUCGCAGAAGAGCUGGGGAGAAGUCUACCGCCUGUCCCUUAUGGAUAAGUUUGGACCAGUCUUGACCAGCAUCCAGCACCAUACCGACCAGUGGAAGAAAAUCUACGAUUCCAAAGAGCCCCAGAAUGAAAAAAUGCCACGAAAUAUAAGAGGCAUUCACCCACUUCGAGAAAUGCUGAUCCUGAGGACCAUAAGACCGGAUAAGAUGAUCCCCGCCUGCCAGAACUACGUGGUUAGCGAAUUGGGAGAAAAGUUCAUCUCUCCUCCUCCCUUCGACCUGGCCAAUUACAGCGACUCCAAUUCCACUUCUCCACUCAUCUUCAUCCUCUCGCCAGGAUCCGAUCCCUUCGCCUCCCUCUCCUCCUUCGCGCAGGCCAAGAACGUCAUCAAGCCCAUCUCCCUCGGUCAGGGCCAGGGCCCAGUGGCAGAGAAGAUGAUCCAGGAGGGACAGAAGACCGGCGACUGGGUGGUGCUGCAGAACUGCCAUUUGGCAGUCACCUGGAUGCCCACUCUCGAGCGCAUCUGCGAGGAGAUUUCUCCUGAUCCAUAGAUCACCAAGCCGGACUUCAGACUGUGGCUCACCUCCUAUCCCUCUGACAAGUUCCCCACUGCCAUCCUCCAGAACGGAGUCAAGAUGACCAACGAACCGCCCAAGGGUCUGAAGGCAAAUCUCACGGGUUCCUACCUCACCGACCCCAUCAGCAGCGAGGAGUUCUUCGAGGGCAACAAGAACCAGCCGGACAACUUCAAGGCCCUCAUCUUCGCGCUCUCCUUCUUCCACGCCGUCAUCCAGGAGCGCAGGAAGUACGGUCCGCUCGGGUGGAACAUCCCCUACGAGUUCAACGAGAGCGAUCUGCGUAUCUCGGUCAGACAGCUCAAGAUGUUCAUCGACGAAAACGAUAAAAUCCCCUUCCCUGCGCUGAAGUACCUGACAGCUGAGUGCAACUACGGAGGCAGAGUCACUGACGAUAAGGAUAGAAGACUGAUCGUGACGCUGCUGGACGAUUAUUUCAAUGAACGGGUGCUGAACGAUAAGAACUAUCGGUUUGGACCUGAUGAGUCGUUCAAAGUGGCAAAGUACAGCACAAUCCAGGAAUACUUGGAUCACAUACAGACACUGCCUCACCUCAUUCACCCCAAUGUGUUCGGAUUCCAUUCCAAUGCCGACAUCACCAAGGAUAUCAAUUAAACCAACCUUCUCCUGGAGUGUGUGCUCUGCUCCUCAUAAUCAUCUGGCGGAUAGGGACAGUCAGUUUAAUAGAUGCUCUAGCGCCUCAUCCAAUCAAUCUUGGGUGACUUCCCCGAUGCCUACGACGUGGCUGACGUGAUGAAAGUCUAUCCCGUCUCCUACCGCGAGUCCAUGAACACCGUCCUCACGCAGGAGCUGCAAAGGUUCAACGGACUCAUCAAGAUCGUGCGUUCCUCCCUCAAGGACAUCAAACUGGCCAUGCUCGGCAAGAUCGUCAUGAACGCCUCCCUAGAAGCCGCCUCCAAGUCCCUCUUCAAUGGCAAAGUCCCAGAUCUUUGGAUGGGCAAAAGCUAUCCCUCACUCAAACCGCUCGGCUCCUACGUCUUCGAUCUCAAGGCUAGGCUCUCCUUCUUCCAGCGAUGGAUAGACGUGGGGUAUCCUACAGUCUUCUGGAUUUCCGGUUUCUUCUUCACUCAAAGUUUCCUUACCGGUGUGCUUCAAAACUACGCCAGACGUUACACGAUCCCCAUCGAUGAGAUCACCUACGAUUUCUAGUUCAUCAAAUAGGCGCCGGACAUGAAGCCUGAGGAUGGAGCCUACGUCGACGGUCUUUUCCUGGAGGGCUGCAGGUGGAACUACAAUAAUAUGAUGCUGGACGAGAGCGAGCCGAAGGUGCUUUACACCAAGUGUCCGCACAUCCUGUUGAGGCCCUCCCACAGCAGCAAGCUAACCAACUACAAGAACUACAAAUGCCCUGUGUAUAAGAUCGCCAGGAGGGGUGUGCUGUCCACCACAGGCCAUUCUACUAACUUCGUCAUGUAUAUUAGAUUACCUACCGAUCUAGAACAGAGUCACUGGAUCAAGAGAGGUGUCGCAUUGCUUACCCAACUAGAUGACUGA